GACAGCUUCAAAAAUUGUUGCUGUCGAAACAGGAACAAAAAUAUCCCAUGAAAACUGUGUAUUUUUAGAUUGACAUGAAAAAUAGUUAUGAGUUUUCGAUCAAUUUAAUUUUUCUUUUGCAAAUAUGUAAAAUAUUUUAAGUUUAAAACUCUAAAAAAGUCAAUAUCUUACAAAACAUCUUACAAAUGUUUCACCAAAUUCGAACCUUAUCAAAUAAAUGGAAAAUUAUCCGUGGAAUGAUAUCAUAUGGUAUCAUUUGGCCUUGUGCUAGUCUAAUAGAGCAAACGUUAGUGGAAAAGAAGACGUUUAAAAAUUACGAUUGGAUGAAAUGUCUAAGAUUUAGUUUAUUUGGUGCAUUUUUUAUGGGACCAUCUUUAUAUGUAUGGUUUCGUUUGGCAGAAAUCAUGUGGCCAAAACGAAGUUUAAAAACAACACUUUGUAAAGUUUGCACAGAGUCAACCUCAUAUGAUCCUAUGAGUAUUACAACGUUUCUUUUUACAAUGAGCUUGAUGGAGGGAAAGUCAUAUGAAGAAGCUAAAAAUGAGGUCAAAACAAAGUUUUUCGAAACUUACAAAGUUGGACUGAUGUCGUGGCCUCUAAUACAAGUAGUGAAUUUUACAUUUGUUCCACUAAAAAAUCAAGUUGUGUUUGUUUCGUGUUUUAGUAUGAUAUGGACAUCAUUUCUGGCUUACAGAAUACACCUAAGAACCCAAAGCCUUGAAAAAAUGAACGGAAAAUAAAAUGUUUAAAAUUGUAACCAAAACUAAUUUACUAUUUCAUCCGUAAUGGCGUUCGGAUGUUUUGAAAAGUU